GGGAGGCAAAGCGGGCGGCACCGGUACCAGCGGAAUCUGUCUCCCGGGGACACAACGGCGGCGGCAGCAGCAGCAGGAGGAGGAGAGCGGAGAGCGGGGUCCGGGGGGAGACUCGGUCCUGUCAGAGCGAGUGGAUUCUUCCAGAUGGAAGCGACCGGCCAGGUCCGCAAUGGAAGUUGAACACUCUGGUGGAUGACAUUGCUCGUGUUCUGUCGAUCAAACCGAAAUUUGUAGGAAUGAAGCUGUGGGUGUUAUUUGAGGUCGUGUUUUUAGCCCUUUUAUCAGCUGGUUGUCACCUGGCUAUUGCCCAGAAUGCAGGUCAGUGUGGCUCCAUUUCUAUAAACAACUUGAUCGCCAAUGUUGGCUCCAACCACGAAGUAACCUGCAACUUUUGCAGUGCUGCAGAUAAGGUACGAUGGGAAUAUGCUGGGAAAUUACUCCCUAGCACUAAGGUCAACUCCACUGUUAGCAUGAUGUCAUUGCUUAACCUUGGCCUAACCAGCCGAAAAGGAGAAAUUCUGACAUGUACGUCUGAAGCAGAGUCUUACGCCACUUCAGUCCAGACUGGAUAUCCUCCAGAUGUUCCUCGAGAUUUGGACUGUGUAACUCAAAAUUUUGCUGAACUCAUCUGUUCAUGGAAUCCAGGAAGAGACACAAACAUAGAAACUAGCUACAGAGCUUGUUCUGGGAAACCAAAUGCUUGCACUGAAGUGGGAACUAAUAACUUUGUCAAACGUGACUUCUUCAUUUUUGAAGAUUUACUAUUACAGAUAACUGCUACUAAUGCUCUGGGCACACAGACGUCAGAAAUGUUUCGAAGGGCAGAAAGUGACUUUGUGUUUCGACCUUACACACCUGAACUCCUCAGAGUGUUUAAAGGUCCAUCUGACUUCCAGUUGGUGGUGGUGUGGAAUGAAGGUGGUGAGAAAUAUGGCUUUCCUUUAAAACUGAUCUUCCAAAUCCAGAUCUUCCAGACAUACAAAAUGCAAGAGGUCUGGAGGGGGAAUCACAGUAGUACCCUAGACUUCACCCAGAAGAGGAUGCUGCAGAUAACUUGGACAUCAGAUAUGCCCCUCCAGUGCACAGCACACUCUGUGAGAAUCCGCUCCAUUAGCAAUGACGAUGGUGCCUUGUUUGACGGCAUCAAAGCUUGGAGUCACUGGAGCCCACUGUUAACACUUCACGGACUGGACACAUCUAAUCAAACCAAGAGUAAAGUCUAUCCUGUGGAUGGUACUGUUCUGAAAGUGGGAUCCAGCCUGUCAUUUUGUUGCAUAGCUGGUGAAGGGAAAGAAAUUGAUGAUUUAACCUUUGGCAACUUGAAUGCAUCAACUAUUAAAUUAAGUGACAGGAGCCAGGCCAUCAGGAUACAGAAUAUCUCUGCAUCGAUAGAAUCUGGAACAAACGUUGUUUGCGUUGUAAGCUCUGGGUACAUAGGAGCAGUCAUAUAUAUUGGCUAUCCACCUGAUAUACCAAAAAAUCUCAGCUGUGAAAUGCGUGACUUACAAACACUAAACUGUACUUGGGAACCAGGGAGGUUGACUUCAUUAGUUUCAAAGCAUAAGACUAUAUAUCGUCUCAUUGACAGGUCAUCACAGAUCUCUCUUCCAUGUGAGGUAGCUUCAAGGACCUAUCCCAAUUACUGGUGUGGAUUUCCUAUUUCAAAUGGCAGUGGUAUACACAAUAUUUCAAUACAUGCAAAGAACCCAUUGGGGGAAACGCAGUCCCAUAUCAUAGUGGAUGUGGCCCGUGUGUUUCACCCUUUUGCUCCUCACCAGCUGAGGCAAGAAACCAAAACAUCAAACACUGUCACCAUGUCCUGGUUAGAUCAAGUAAACUACAGGAGCGUUGGGCUGCUUUGUGAGGUGGUGAUCAGAGAUGAUUCGGGGAGAAGCAUAUCACAUAACUACUCUGUGACUGGAGGACCAAAGGAUGCACGGCACACAGUAAUAUUGAACAAUUUAAGACCCUAUACAGGAUAUUCCAUUAGGGCUCGUUAUUCUUCACAGCAUUUCUGGAAGUGGAGUAAAUGGAGCAAUUUUCUAAAUUUCACAACUGAGCAAGCUGCUCCAUCAGCCAGCCUGAAUGUCUGGAGAAGGAUUACGCCAGACAGAAUUGUGACUCUUUACUGGAAGCCACUUUCAGCUGCUGAUGCGAAUGGUCCAGUUAUAUCCUAUAAUAUAACUUGGACAAAGGUGGGAAGCAAUUUGUCAAGUUCCAUUGAGACGUCUAUGUUGAAUGUAGAGAAACAGCUUGAUCAAGCUGGCUACAUUAUUACUGUUGUAGCACAAAACAUUGCCGGGACAUCACCUCCCUCUGUGAUUAGGAUCCUUCCACACUCGGGUGAUGAAAAUUUGGACUACGUCAAAGUCAGUGGGGUAGGGGACGGAUUCAACUUGACUUGGCAGAGGAACCAUGCCAAGAGCUGUGGAUACACUGUGCAGUGGUGUCCAUUUCUGGGUGACUCCAUGUGUAAUAUAAACUGGCAGAAAUUUCCUUCAAAUGUAACAAACGUUGCAUUAAAAUCAGAUACUUUUCAGGCUGGAGUACGGUAUAACCUCGAGGUGUACGAGUGCAGGAAUAAUGGAGAUUACUUACUGAAGAGGCUGGUUGGCUACACACGAGAACUGGCUCCGUCAGAAGCUCCGAAACUGGAUAUCAAGGGAACCUCUGGAGGUCUGGUACAAAUCGAAUGGAAUGACAUCCCUUUGGUCAAGCAACGAGGAUUCAUUAAGGGGUUCAAGAUUUAUUACAGUAAACUAAACAAUUAUUCAGCACCUCUCAAGCCCAUAGGAACACGUAGGCAGAAUACAGAUAUUUCACCGCCAAAGAUCAUAAACAGCUCCAAUGCACGGACGUUUCAGAUCACAGGCCUUGAUCCUGGGACGACGUAUAGAGUGGAACUGAGUGCCUACACUGGAGGAGGAGAUAGUCCCAAUAGAGUCGUCACUGUGACUACACCAAAUAGCCCCACUGCAGUGAUCCUUGGGAUUACCCUGCCCCUAGUGGGAAUUAUAACACUGGGAGUCAUUCUCAGUAUCUUCUGUUACCGAAAGCAAGAAUGGAUCAAAGAGACGUUUUACCCUGAUAUUCCUGAUCCAAAUAACAGCAAAGUUCUUCAGGAUGGAAAUUUCCUUCAGGGGGUCAACUCAUGCAAAACUCUGGAGCCAAAGGAUUGUACUACCAACGAGGUUCAGGUUGUUGAAGAGAAGCAGAUUGCAGUGGAGACUGAGAAGGAGGUUGAGGAGACCAAGAAGGGUGAAGUUGUUCCUGAGGAUACCUCUGAUACCGAGAGCCAGAAUCAAGCUGUCUUAUCCUACAGUCCGUGCCGCACAUCAGCUGAGUCCUCGGGGAAGACUAACCCAGCAUUUGAGGCAGUGGCUUUGCCAUCUGUCUAUGCCAGUGAAGUAACGUAUACUAGUAUACGGGAUCCUGGGUAUCAGCAACAAGAGGCCUCAGGGGACGGUUCAAUGGAGGACACAACAGAAGUGAUUGUCAAAUCAGGCUAUCAACCUCAGAUCCACAGGGCCACCAGUUCUGCACCAGACAAGGAGCAGACCGAGGUACAGCAGUUAAUGCUUCACACCAAUGGCUAUCAGCCUCAAGCUCACCGCCAAUCCUGGAGCCUAGAUUCUGGAGAUUUUCCACCACCCGAGACUGAAUCCAUUGGCAGCCCAACCUCUAUCAAUUCUCAAGCGUUCCUGAUUCCGGAGAAGAUAUUGGGAGAGGACCACAGCUUUAGACCCAGUGUCAAAAUGUGGUCCCUCCCCUUCUUCCAGAAUUCCAGAAUGUCCUCGGAUUCCAGUAACAGCUGAGGAGAGACAUGGU